CCUCCUGGCAUUCACUCGCAGCAGACGCCUUCCGAUCUUCUUCCUUCCGAUACCUUCUCUGUCACAUUGGAUUUCACUUCCACCGCUGUUGGAGAAAAAAACGAACCGCUUACAGGUACUUUAGAAGGUAUUAGUGGAAGAACAAGAAAAAAAAAUGAUCCCUCUUUGGAGAACCAUCGCACUCACUCUCUUAGUGACUGUAGCUGUAGAAUGUCGAGUGACAUUUGUAAAGAGCACAGGUUUGAGUUAUAGUGGAUUUUCCUAUUUCACUAUUCGCAAUGUUUCUCUGCAUGAGUGCCAGAGGUGGUGCCGCGACGACACCGAAUGUGAGGCUGCUGCCUUCGAUUACUCCGUUAGACCCCUCGACGGAAUGCCUGAAACCACUUGUACCUUGCAGAAUGACACAACGGCUGGUAAAACCAAUACUGCACCGAAGAGAGGAAAGCACACCUAUUAUCUCACAAAGGUUCAUGUCAACUCAGACCAUUUGUGUGAUAGACUGUGGACCUUCGAAUGGAUACCCAACAAAAUUCUGAGAGGUUUAGACAAUGCCAUCAUUUUCACCUCUAAUCGCGAAUCAUGUCUUGCCGCUUGUUUGUCGGAAGUGAGAUUUGUCUGUCGGUCCGUGGAAUUCAACAGUGUAACCCAUGAGUGCCAUCUAAGCGAAUUCGACCGUCGGUCACCAGGAGCUAACGUUCAUCUUGUCGAUUCUCAAGGCGUGGAUUACUUGGAGAACUUUUGCCUGCAGUCUUCUAUGGUAUGCCCUGGACCGAAACAUUAUAAUUAUCUUCAAGUAGGACUUUCACAAGCCGCUGUUACUAGUUAUGUCCAAUACAAUUAUUAUCCAGACAAACAAAUUGUUGUUAACAGCCGUCAAGAUUGUCUCCACCAAUGUUCUAUCGAGGAGAGCUUCGUUUGCCGGUCCGUUCUUUUCAAGCCCGAUACCCGACCCGGAAAAGCCCUGUGCGUUCUCUACCAUCUGGACCAUACAGCGUUUCCGGGAGGUGCGGACGACUUGACCACUGCCAGUCCACAACCGGUCAUCGGGGGAGAAAGGUCACGGUUUUAUUUGGAGACUGUGUGCGGAGCAGGUCCAUCUGAUGGUUUGUUCAACCAAGUUCCUGAAAUGCUUCACGACACCCCGACUACACCCAAAACAGCUGCUGUCAUGGAAGAUGAAAGCGAUCCCUCGUGUGAUGCAUAUGGUGUUUGCUAUGACGUGAAAAUCCGGUGCAGCGACACGAAGAUCGUCGUUUUCGUGGAGACCUCGAGGCCUUUUCACGGCAGAGUGUAUGCUCUAGGCAGAAGCGAGACCUGCAACGCCCACAUCCACAACAGCCAGAACUUCCAACUGGAGCUCUCACUCACUGGACAGGACUGCAAUACUCAAUCACUCGCUGGAGUUUAUACAAAUACAGUAGUACUGCAACAUCAUAAUGUUGUACUGACAAAAGCUGAUAAAAUGUACAACGUCCGUUGCACCUAUGAAACGACAUCUAGAAAUGUUUCUUUUGGAAUGAUACCUGUGAGGGACCCAGCUACCCUGGAAGUAUCCGGUGCUCCAGAGGCCCCUCUGCCUCAAAUUGUAAUUUUGGGAAGGGAUGGUCGAGAAGCUAGCACUGUCCGAAUUGGAGACAGACUCACCUUCCACAUUGAGAUACCCGAUGACACUCCUUAUGGUAUAUUUGCAAGAAGCUGUUUUGCCAUGGCCAAGGAUGGAAGAAGUACAUUCGAAAUCAUUGACGAAAGAGGUUGCCCUGUUGAUCCUGUGAUAUUCCCCCGAUUCCUGCAAGUAGGAGGCGCUCUUGAAAGUUCCUACGAAGCUUUUAGGUUUACUGAAUCUUACGGAGUCAUAUUCCAGUGCAACGUCAAGUAUUGCGUUGGAAAAUGUGAACCGGCUAUCUGCGGCGAUUAUCUGAGUCUUGCCAGAGAAGAGUCCUGGGGAAGGAAGAAGAGGUCUAUUUCGGAGAAUGUGGGUGCUUUGGAAGACGAGAUGACUCUCAGCAAGGAAAUAUUGGUGCUAGAUUUCGGGGAUGAAGGAGUUUCUACUUCAUUGCAAAAUACGCCUCAUUCGGCCAACGAAUCCUUCGUCGUACAACCAUCCGUUGGCAUCUUUAGUGACUGUGCUUCUAGAACCUCACUGAUGGCGCUGGGUGUUACAACGGCGUUGCUCUUCGUCAUCUACAUUUGCACAGUGGCCUACUUCGUCGCACAUCAAAAAGCAGCAAAGGAGCUAAGGCGUUAAAGCUUUAGAUUAUUUAAGACUAUAUUUAAUUUGUUCUUCACGUCUAUUGAAGUCAUGGACGACUUCGGCCAUUUGCGGUUUUCCUAUGCUUGGUGGAACAUGUUUUCGUCCUCUCUUUCAUGCCCAUUGACUGCAUUUUAGUGCAAAUCUUACCUCAUUCAAAAUGUGAAGUCGAAGCAUUCAAGUGCAAUAAUAACAUUCAAUGAAAAAAUACAUUUAUUUUGCUUGAAUGUCAUAUUUCCCGUUAGCAAAAAAAAAUGUCAUAUAUGAUAGCUACCUUUUUAUAUUGUCAUAUUUGAUACCUUUAUGAAAAUUGUUUUUUAAAAAUCUUUAUGAAUUUAUCUUUUUAAUUCAAAGAUCUGAAUCCUAAAAAAUGCAGUCCUUAUAUAUGAGUAUAAUAAAACGCAAAUAUCAAAAUAAAAUGUUAAAUAAUCUAAAUAAUAUCUAUUACGAUAUUAUUUUAAUUAUGUAUUAAAUUAUCUUAUUUUAGAAAUGUUUUAUAUUGAAAUAAUACUCUUAUAUAUUAUAAUCUAACUUCGCCAUUUUUACACAUGCUGCAUUUGAUGUAUUAUUCAUAUUUGAGCAUAAUUGCAGCUCUUCUCAUAGAAUUUACCAUUUUAUUUUAAAAAUCAUGAUAGAAUAUAUUUAAAAUAAUUUUCCCGAUGUGUAAUUCUUUUAUAGAAAAGAUAUAUUUAUUUUAUUAUUCUUCCGAGAUCAAGCAGUGUUACAAAUUGUAUUUUAAUUAACAACAAAAUCGAAAAGAUUGUGGUUAGUUUUUUAAGAUAAUUUUGUGCUUCUCAAAUGCUUAGAUUUCAUAUUUUGUAUUUUUAUGUGUGAUGGUUAUGAUUAUAUUUCUGGAAUGUAUUAGACAAUCGAUGCUUAGGGAUGUGUCUUGUACAUAACUUAUCAAAAAUAUAAUUUUGGGGCUUUCGUUUGAAUUUUCUUGAAGUUCUCUUGUCUAUUGUUUUAAUAUAUGAUGAGAAACCUCAGAUGCCUAUUUUCACUAUUUCAGACUGAAUCCUUAUUUGCCAUCUUUUAUUAUUUAUUUAUUCAGUUAACACGUAUUUAUUAUUCAUUAAUUUAUUACUUAUUUAUUUCAUCAUUUCAUUCAUCGCAUCAUUCAAGUCUAUCGAAAAAAUAGUAAAUAAUUUUUACAUUCCAUUUAUUUAUUCCAUUGUAGGGCACUGAAUGCGAAUUAUUUGGCUAUUUUGUAUAAUAGCAUUUGAAGCAUCUUUGAGGUUAUUAAAAUAUUUAAAAAUAGGUCAUAAUCAUUGAUUUUUAAUGAUAUCAGUUUCCAUAAUGUUCGAACAUAUAGUAUUUUUUAAAUUUUGUUUCUAUUUGAAAUAAAAAUCGGAAUGCUUAAAGUAUAUAUUUUGUUAAUGAAGGCUAUAAGUUUAUUAUUUUAAGAUUUUCGAUGUAUUGAAUGUAAUAGAAGAUAACCAUAUUUGAACAAUGUAUAAAUACAAUAAAUCAUUUUGGCUUUUAAUAUUUCUGUAAUCAUGCAAUAUAUGUGUUUUUACCAAUAUCAAUAAUAUUGAAAGUUUUAAACUGUCAGGCAGCUAUUUUUUUGUGCAACUGAUUUAUCAACCAUGGGUGUUUUAUUGUAAUAUUUAUCAAUUGCAUCAAAUGUAUUAUUUAAAAAAUGAUCUUGUCAUAUGGUGUAUGCAAUUCAUAAGAACUAUUUUUUAAUAAAAUCCU